AAGGUGACGUUGCGUGGCCGGCGUGCGGCGGGUUAAGGCGGCCAUCUUUUGUGUGUCUAGGUCUCCCCAAAGGUGCCGUGAAAACUUGGAUUCUGGCCUCAGCCAUGGUGAAGAUUUUUGUUGGGGGAGUGUCGCCAUCAGCCUCUCCUGAUGAGCUGAAGAAACUAUUUGAAAGGUAUGGACAGGUGAAUGAGUGUGACAUCUUAAAAAACUAUGCCUUUGUCCACAUGGAAAGAGAGCAGGAUGCCCACCGCGCCAUUAGUGAGUUGCACAAACAAGAGUUCUAUGGCUCUCACCUCACAGUAGAAUAUGCCACCUCCAAGAUACGCAAUGCCACCAAGAUAUACGUGGGUAACGUAUCAAGCCGGGCCACCACAUCCCAAGUGAAGGAGCUCUUUGAAAAGUUUGGCAAGGUGGUAGAGUGUGACAUAGUUAAGAAUUAUGCCUUUGUUCACAUGGCCAAAGAAAGAGAAGCCAUGGAUGCUAUUUUGCAUCUCAAUGAUACGCCUCUGGAAGACCAGAAAAUCUUUGUUACACUGUCAAAGAGCAAUAAUGCACCAAAAAACUCCAAGUCCGCUGCUGCAGGGGUUAUAGCAGCUUCAACAACUCUCCCUCCUCCACCUCCCCCACCACCACCUGCUUAUUAUUUUCAUCGGGGACGCUUGCCUCCACCUCCACCAACCUUUUCUACUUAUACGCCACGUUCAUGGUAUGAAAGAGAAUACUACGAGAGGUACGCCUACGACUUUUAUGAAAGGAGUGGGCUGGCAGCCCGUGCUGCAUAUGACAGGGCCCUUACUCCAGCAGCAGUCGUGGCUGCAGCUGCUGCAGCUUUGCCUGCUGCUCCACCUGCUCCACCAUCUAUCAGUGCAGCUUUGGCUCCUUCAGCGUACAGGGAUAGGAGUCCUGUAGGCAGAAGAACAGCAGCGGCUGCAGCAGCAGUUGUGGCCCAAUAUGCAGACCCAUACAGUGCCUCUCAAGCCUAUAGCCAGAGUUACAGCCAAGCCUAUGCUUCUGCUUUCUCUCAGUAUAGUAUGGGAUUAGCAACCUACAGUCCUGCAGAAUACUAUGAGAAAUAUGCUAAUGGAUAUGCAGGCCAGUACAGCCAGACCUACUAAGCAACCACACUCCAGAACAACACAUCCACCAAAUUAUGUAUUUUCCUUCUCCAGCUCUCUUUUAAUCACUCCAGUGGGCCUAGAAAUAUAGAAAUAGGAUUUCACAAGUAUCAACAAAACAAAAAGAGAAGGUCGAAUGAGCUACAGAAUGAUAACAGUGGAUGCUUGCUUUGGUAAACGUCCAGAAAUUGCACUUUUCUCCUGUCCAUCAUGGAAACACAAAAUUAAAGUAAUUAUGCAGUUCGAGAAGGUGAACAUUCCAAACCCUAAAGCCGAGGGAACGGAUGCGAUAAGAUUUACCUAGCUCUUCUCGCUUUUGUAUCUUCUGCUCUGGUUAUUCCCUUUCAGACACAGUUUAUGAAUUACAAGUAACCAGAAUGCAAUGGGAAAAUGGAGACUGAGGUCUUACAUUGUCAGAUCAGCUUUGGUGUGAUAUUGAAGCUCAUGGCUGGUCAGCGAAAUGUUCAUCAGCAACAUUCUGUGGUGGUCAUUAAAAGGUGAAUGGAGUGGAUGGCCUCUUUAGGGCCUUGUUAGCAUGUCCAGGAAGGUAAUCCAGGAUGGCACAUGGUUGCCUUAGAAAACAGAAGGAAUGUAACAAAAGAUAUAGAAGGAUAGAUUACUUUCUUACCACGAGAGAGAGGGCAAAAGUAUAUUAUACUAUAUAGAACAACAUAAUCAUUAUUAAGCAAUAACACUAAACAGAUUAACAUAUCAUAUAUUUACAGCGCACACAAUAUAGAUGUGUAAACAUAACCAAAUGGGCUGGGAAAUCCUGAACUUGUAGUUGUUCAUAAACAUAAACCACAAGAGAGGCCAUAGUGUAAAUUAUAAUCACUCUAGUUCGAUCUAAUAACGUUAUUUUUUGUGCAGUACUUUUAUGGUCCACAGAUCUAGCUGACUUCAUAGGAACUUGUGAAUGGACUGUGGCUAGCUUAAUAAGUCUGUAGCUAUUGUUACUAUUCUCUUUAUAUUUGUUUUGCAGGGGUAUAGAGAAAAUCAGAUUCACGGCCAAGGAAAAAUUGGACAGUAACAACAGAUUAGAUGAAAUAGGUAAAAGUAAAACAUAAUUUUAACUGGAAUCCUAGAGAGUCUGAUACCUGCACUAAAGGCGAAGGACUGAGGACCGCACAUAUCCAUUUUCACAUGGGAAGGGGGCAUGUAUUAGUGAAUAACUAUGGACCCAUAGUAGUAAAUACCAAUGGGCCACAUUAUAUGAAUGUAUUUAUUACAUUACUACCUUAGAAAUGGCACAAAAGGGUAUGGUGGGCCUCAGAAUGUUUAAUAGUUAGCCACAGUUUCUGUAAGUUAUAAUGUCAAUUUAGUAGUAUAAUGGAAUAAUGUAUCUAGAAGAAUUAGCUACUUUGGUGCUUUUCACCUGCUGCACCAUGUUGUGCUUGGUAGUAUUUUGAAGUCCGAUGGGUGCAUGGGCUAUUAACUCUUGGCUGGGCUGCUUCGGGUUGGUGUUGUGGUCAUGUUAGAAAGCGCUACACAGAAUCUUUUAAGUGGCAUGGCAAAAUGCACAGCUAAAAAUAAGCAAAUAAUAGCAACUAACUUGAUGCUAAUGAGCUCUGUAUAUCUUCCUAGCCACACCUAGUACAGUAGAGUGUAGUAAAUAAUGUCAAAGGAUUAGAAAUUAUUAUGGAUGCACAGAAUCCAUUAUUUGGCAUGCGGCUGAAUCGUUUGUGAGAGAUUGGGCCCAAUACUGAACCGAAGCCUAAUUUGCAUAUACUAAUUAGGGGCGAGAAAGGAAAAGAGUGGGAAAAUAUUUUACUUCCUGGUUUUGUGAUGAAAAGUCACGAUUUCGCCAUCCCACCCCUAAUAUGCAUAUGCAAAUUCGGAUUUUGUCUGGCCAAGCACAAGGAUUCGCCUGAAUCCUGCUGAAAAAGGCCGAAUCCCGAACUGGAUCCUAGAUUCGGUGCAUCCCUAGAAAUGAUUUUGUGUAGAUUUAUUAUCUGCUGCGAUCAGUUUCAAGUAGCAAUCCACUAAAUCCAGUAUUCUGUUUGGUAUUCGGACAGAAUUCUGCCUUUUUCAGCCGAAUCCAUAUGUCUGGCCAAACCAAAUCUGAAACCUUAAAAUCACGUGACUUUUCAUUUUUCUUUCACCCAUCCUUGCCCUGAUUUGCAUAUGUAGAUUAGGGUUCGGUAUUUGGCUGAACCUUUCACAAAGGAUUCAGGCUUCGGCUGAAUCAGAAAAUAGUGGAUUCAGUGCAUUGCUAGUUUCAGGCUGCAGUCCUUAUGUCCGUUGUAUAUAUUGGCUUCAUCCCAACAAUGAUCUCAGCAGGAUGCAGGGGAUAUUCAAGUGGUUACGCUCUUGCUAGAAAGCACUUUUCAGAAGUAAGCCUCACCCCAAGGACAACAGUUCAGGGGUAGGGCAGGCACUUUAAGUCAAAAAAAAUGUUAGCCUAUAUAUGUAUAAUUACAAAUUAUCCACCAUUUCCUUUCCCUCAAAGGGAAAAUAUAUACUGUCUGUAAGGAGGGUUUCAAUCCAGUGCAUUUCAGAAUCAGAAUCUGAUUAAUUGACCUACUGGCUCAUGGUUUAUUGAACUACAGGACAUGUUGAGGCUCAGGCAGAGAAGGCAUUUUGUCUAAUCUUUCCCUGUCACCUGUCAGAAUCUCUGAUUCUGAAAUACACUGUAUUCAAGCCAGUAGGUCAAUUUGCACUGACAGUAUAGUCAAUGGAGGCUUCCUCUGCUCAGGAUAAUGCACUACCCCAAUGGCCAUUUUUUUGUAACAUUUUAAAAGGUUCACUCACUUUUUUUAAUGAGGUUGAGAGUGCAGAGGAUAUUUCUCGAAGAGGAUCCACAUGUUGGAUCCCAGGUAGGCUUAAAGGGUUGUUUCACCUUUACGUUAAGUUUUAGUAUGAUAUAGAACGACCAAUUCUUAUCAACUUUUCAGUUGGCCUUCAUUAUUUAUUUUUUAUAGUUUUUUAA